CUUUGCAGGAUCCUACGACCAAACGGGACGAGAAGAAAGAAUUUGGAAUCAAUGUGCACGCGGAAUUUAGUGUGAUUCGUGAUAAAGAUAAGAAAGCACAUGGUGUCAAGCCUCUUGGAAAAUGUAUCUCUACCCUGUCGUCCUCUUUCUCUUAAGUUGGCCGUAUGCAAGAGGAUCGAUUGACCUUGAGGAACAAGAUGUUCACUUACAGGAUCAGGUCGCUGUCGCUUCACAAGAUACGACAAGGACACUGAAAACUGCCAAAAAUAGUCACAUCAAGGAUCCAAUAUUUUUUGAAGGAAAACAGAUUUUGGAUUCGACGACUGUUCAUUAUGAGAAUUCUAAUGGUUUUAUUCCUAUAACACCUACGAACCGCCAACGUGAAACUCUGAAUUUGAAGAAUAAGAAUAUCACAGAAAAAGACAUUGUUGAUAGUCUCAAUUCAACCUCUGAUGGGCAAAACAAAAUUCACGAUGAUCUCGAAAACGAUCCCGCCUAUUCGACAGAAGCGAGAUUUUUCUUAAGCCUGGCACAAAACCUCUGGAAUCGCAGAUCUUUCGAUACCGAAGAAAAUCCGGAUGAAUUUGAAUUGCUUAAAGUGAAAAACGACACACCAGCUGUUGCAAAUUAUCAAGAGUUUUACGAGAAAUAUCAAACAGAUUCCAGUAGGGCCGACGAUUUUGAUAAUAAUUCCGGACGCUCAUAUGUUGCAAACUAUGAACGAGAUAGAAAACCACCGACUAAUAUCAGAGAUAGAGUCAGGAACAUUCAGAAUUACAUGACCAGCUACACGAGCAACGUACAGCAUCCAAGCGGAAAUCCAUACGAUAGAUUCUAUUCGUAUAAUAACUUAAAAGACAGUCAGAUGAAAGAUAAUCAUCAGCACGAAAAAGUUCAUAACAAUUACUAUGCACAAGAUAGUCACGGUUAUGGCGAUCAAAGAGGAAGUGGUGGCAGCCGGCAAACGGUAGCGCCGAUUCCUUUGAAAAUAAACUACGACACGACGGAGACAGUAAAAAAGCCGAAAUUGUAUAGUGUAAGGGAGCCAUCGUCCACCGUGAAAAAUCGACAUAGAAAUUCGAAACCAGUAAUCGUUGUGGAACCGAGUGAUUAUAAGAUGAACGUUAAGAUCGGUAGCCAAUCGACAAGAAGUCAAGCAUCGGUGGCAGCACCAUACAAAACCAGUAGUAGUGCCUCAGAUAGUGUACAAGAUGACUCCGCCAAGCAUUAUGCUCACGAGGCUUUAUUUAAUCGAGACGAUGGUCAUCACUACGAUCGUACAGAGGAGUCAAAAGAUUUUUCUGAAGAAAAUGCAGAAUACUUCGAGAUCACCGAGAGACCCAGAAAAGUUCACAAGAGCAGGAGGAGGCCUUACGUUUCGGAAACUUCAAGAAGAUUGCCCAAAGAGCAUCGUGGAAUAACUGAAGAGAUAUUUGAAGCGGAAGUGCCUAAAAAACGUCCCAAUGCUUCUAAAUCAAAAGCACAUCGUCAUAGGCCUAAGUCUAAUAUUUGGAUUGACGAGGAUAAUCGUUCACAAUUGCAAGAGGAAAGUUCUGAGGAGAGAAAUUAUGACGCUAGAGCGAAAGGAAGGUUUAAUGUCGAUAUUACUGAUACAAAAUUUCAAAAUUCUAAAUCGAAUGCUGUUAACUCGUGGACUCAUCUUACACCGAAUCUUGAAAUAUCUCAUUCCAGUGGUAUUGAAAUUGAUCAAAUUGAAAAACCAAAACUCAUUGUUCCGGUUAAGGUCAACCUCGUGCCGUUGGGUAAAUUUGAUCACGCUACGGCACUGGGGAACAGUCAGGGAUUCGAUAUAUCUAAUGCAGUACUACAAAAUUUUGUUACUGCCAAUCCUGUUAUCAAUACCGUCACGCCUGUUGUAAAUACGCCACAGUCGGUUAUUAGUCACAAUUUGCCUCCACAGAAUACGCAAAAAAAUGUGCAAAACGUGCAGAAUCACAAUUACGUGGUUGGCACACCAGCUUCCGCUGGUUCCCCAGUAUCGGAUGUAAUUGUGGGUCAGAGUUCAUUUCAUAAUCCUAUACAGGCAGUCUUGGUACCGGAACAAAAUGUUCAAUCGAAAUAUUCUGAAAAUUUACGACCUCAAUACGUACAUAGUACCGUGUCACCGGUAUACGCAGUAACAUCGAGUGGUCCUUCCAGUUUGCAAAAUAUUCCAGUGUCGAAUUUCCAAAGUUCAGUAACACCACGACCGACAUAUACUGCCACAGCAAAUAUAGCAUCCAAUGUCCAACCAAUGGCCGUGAAUCAAGCUCAAGGCAUUCACGCUGGUCCACAUAUUGUAAUUUCCCAAGCGACACAACAACCCUUUGCUAAUUACGCGCAGGCUAAUGGUCCAUUCCCAUUGAAUCAAAAUAUUCAAGUUAAUUCGAAUGGACUGCACGGUCAGAAUUUAAUUUCAAACGAGAAUAGAAAUGCUCAAACUGUGCAAAUUGCUUCAACAAUUCCGAAUCCGCAUGUAAUUUCGAAUAUUAAUUUAUUAACGGCGGAAUCGCAAACUAAGAGACAGCAAACUUCUCUUGAUGCGAAUGGACAAUAUUUCACUUCCGCUGGUCAUUCUGUAUCAAAUAAUGGUCAAAAGCAUACAAAUGGCUAUGAGAAUAACGGCAACUUUUACCUUCAAUCCAACGUACCAAUUAUCAAGCCUCAAUUGCAUGAGAAUUUCUAUCAAUCAUUCAGGGACGACAACUUAACUCCUAGAAUUAAAACUUACGUUCAGAAUGCUCACUUAGCACCUACUCAAGUCCUUCAGCACGCUGGGAAUUUGAAUAAUCUGAAUUUCAAUAAUCCAAACGCGUUCGUGCCCACCGAACAAAAUGUUCAGAAUUUUCAAAAUUUUAAUUUCUCGGGACAAAAGAAUAGAGAUCAGAACCAACAAAUUCUUAAAGCAGCGAACGAUAUUUUUGAGAAUACUUUAAAGCAGUUACAGCAAUUACAAAAAAGUCAAAAUGUAAAGACGAAUAGAGCUCCUAAUCAAAGUUAUCGAACCAAUGACAACGUAGGAAGUAAUAGCAUUCAAAAUUCGGCGAAUGCGUUUUCGCCAACAUCAGGUAAUUUUGCAAGAGCUCAGCUACCUAACGUCGGCAGACAGAAUGUUGAAAUAUUAAAUCCAAACAUAAAACCAAGUCCUAUUGACCUAACACUUUUCAAUCCAUUUGAAUCUAUUGGUAAUUACCCUACACUGUUAUCCACACCCAUUCCAAUUUAUAGUACGAGUUUUGCUGUGACCUCAAAGCCUAUCUUAUCAACAACCGUAGAAUCGAUCGGCCUGCAAAAGUAUGUCGAUUCGUUAACUGAAAUCGGAGCAAAAGCUAAUAGUGCAAAGUUAGAUUUGAAAGGUUCAGCAUCGCAGAAUCACGGCGCGGAACGACCUUUGUUUAAUCCAAUAAAUUUUGUGCCUAAUGUCGAUUUGAUUAAGAAUCAAAGACUCUUAAAUAGUAAAUUAGCGCUUAAUGAGCCUUUAUUACAUAAUUUGAACUUAGUACCAUUAGUGCCGGGUGGUAAUUUUUUCAAAAAUUCAUUUGGAUCACAUACUGAUCUUUUCAAUAAACCAAAAUUAACUUCCGAUUUGGAAAAAUAUGCCGAGGAGAUGUUUAAAGAAUCUUUAAAAACAAUUUACAACUCGCAAAAAUGGAAUAAUGAUAGGCAGGCUCAGCAGGACAAGAAUAUAACUGACUCUAUAGAAGUUUCGAAAUUAAAGAAUGAAAUGCUUUUCAAAAAUUCAUUUCCGGAUAUUAAGCAGAGCAAAGAAAUAUUGGAAGCGCAUUUCUCUGAAAAUAAAUUACGCGCAGUUGAUGUUUCUAAACAGUCUGAACAAAAGAAAAAUUUGAAUGACGCAAAAAAAACCGAAUCUCAAAAUGUCGAUGUUGACCAGUUGUUCAAAAAUGAUUUUAAGAUUCACUCUCCAGAGUCCAAGGAGCCUAUUCAUAUUUAUUAUGACAGACCUCAAAACGGACCUAAUAGACCCCCAAGUGAUUUAGGCCAAUCAAUUUUCGGAAACGGUAACAGUAAUGAUUACAGAAACAAAAACUUUCCUAAUCACUUUUUGACACCACCAAAACCAAAUUCCUUCAUUUCUAAAAGUCCUUUUCAUGACAAAGUUGUUAAGAAGAGACCCGGUCCAGGGCAGGGUCCAAACCCUUUGCGUUUUAAUAAUUUCGAAAAAGGAAAUUCCCGGCCUAUUUCAAGACCGAACGGUCAAAAACCUUUUAAUUCUGACGUUGCAGCUAGUAAUAAUUUGGGAAUCCAUGUGGAGGGUCCGCGCUUUGAAGCCUUUCAAGGUAGACCACCGUAUGAAAGCGAUAACGGAAAUUUCGAGUCACGUCCAAAACCGUAUUCGGAUUAUUCCCAAAAUUCAAAGGAUUUUACUACUUACCCCACUUUAACAACUUCUACUCCCGAACUGGAGCACUUUGCAUCACCAAAUAAGUUGAAAAAAUCAAAUCAUGAAAUUUACGACAUAAAUCAUCCCAGAACUCAGAAUCUACUUGGUCUGCUCAUGAAGAACAAGCAGUUGCCAAGUGGAAAUUCAGAAAAUUACUUUCGGGAUAGAGAUGAAUUAAAACACUAUUUUGAGAACGAGAAGCGUCGAUUACAGCUUCAAUUUUACGAUGAUUCGUUAAAAAAUUUCCAGAAGAAAUCAGACAAGAGCGAGGCUGCGCUGAAAGCGAAAUUACCUAACAACGAACGUAAGAAUUCGUGAACGUUUAAUGGGCGGAAUUACAAAUAUGGCAAAAUACAGCAUAAUCAUGCAAAUAAACAAAUUUCUAUCUUUAAAUUAUAAAAUAGUAUUAUAUAAUACGCGAUAUAGUAACAUAAGUAGAGUUAACGAGUUCAUUAUGAACCUAUGACUGAAAAAUUUGUAAGAGCUAUAUUGUAUAACGUCGAUUUGUGUACAUAAUAAAUUAGAA